AUGAGCGAUAAUCCAACAGUGUCGAUGAUUAAUAAAAUGAAAGUGCCAGAGCUUCAAGCUGAACUAACAAAAAGGCACCUUGAUACGAAAGGUAUAAAACAAGUCUUGGUCAAUCGACUUCUGUCGAGUUUGGAAAUUGUAGAGCCUGAAGCGGCGAACGACAGCAACGACGAUGAACAACAAAAUAAAGCCGAAGGAAAUAUGGAAUUGGCCCAAGACGAUGAACAAGACGACUGUAAGGACGAUGAACAGGAUCAUAGCAAAGACGAAAACCAAUCUUCGCUGCAUGAACUAUACCCAAAUUAUAAACACCCCUAUUCCUACGAGAAUGCCAUUCAAGACAUUAGACUGCAACUAAAUACUUUACAAUGCAAAUUCGAAGAUUACAAAACUGAAAUGUCUAAUGAUGCAUCGGGAACAGGUAGUCUUCGCGAUGAAAACAAGCGUUUGAGAUGUGAAAAUACAGAUCUAACUGAGAGAAUAAAUAAUCUUGGAUUCAUCCUGGCCGACCUCAAUACAAAAUUAAAGAUCGCCGAAGACGAAAAGGCUAGCCGUUUAACUGCUAUCCGAUUAAUACAGUCCGAUGGCGAUGUCAAGUUAAGCAACAACAAUAACAUCAUGACAACAAAGCACCUAACCCAGAAUACCUACAAAGAAGUCGCUUCAAGACCAAAGAGUAGAAAUAUUAAUGGAAAUUCAUCAUCGAAACAAGAUAAUCUUAAAACUACCGCCGCAGGCCCUAAUCUGGUAAACGUUCUGGGUUCAAACCGUUAUUCUCCGUUAGAAGUUGAGACGGCAGACGAGUCAGAGCAAGAAAUCAUAAGUGCCGAUGAGGCAAGACCAACAAGCCAUGGCCGAAAGCACGACUCAAAGACACAAAAGUCUAAGAAAACAACUAGCGAUCCCCUCAACAAAGUCGACUGCAAUUCCAGCAAUGUAUCAACAAUCCACGACCUUGAUUCCGUUACAAUCCUUGGAGAUUCAAUGUUAAAGCGGCUAGACGUAAACAGAGUACGACGCUCUAUAGACAGCAAUAAAAGGGUGAUUAUUCGCACGUUUUCUGGAGCAACUAUUGAAGAUAUGAAACAUUAUGUUGAACCUACGUUAAAGAGAAGUCCUAAAGCAAUCAUUGUCCACGCUGGAACGAAUAACAUCCCAAGGGAUCGACCCGAAGAAAUAGUAAGUAAACUAAAUGAUCUUGGUCAACAUAUAGAGCAAAAUUCAAAGUGUCGAGUUAUUAUAUCAAGUCUGAUCACUCGAAGUGACGAUAACCUUAAUGCGAAAAUUAGUACUACAAAUAACUUGUUGGCUAACUUAUGUUUAAAAAAUAACUGGUUGUUUAUUAAACAUAUCAACAUUAGUAAAAAUCACCUGAAUGCUUCUGGGCUUCAUUUAAAUGCUAGAG